CCAUGUACCAAUAACUAAUCUAAUCUCCAGUUCUUUCCCCUUUCCCCUUUCCCCUUUCCCCAGCGUCUCGCCUUUCUCUCUCUUCCCCCUUCUUUUUUGUUAUCUCAUUUCUCUCUCCUCCCCUCCCCUCCUAAAACACAAAAUGGCCGCCGAGUCUCCUUCACCGCCGUUGUCACCACCAUCGGCGGCGGCGGCGCAGUAUUGGUGCUACCACUGUGACAAGCGCGUUGCCGUCGAGACUCAACCGGGUCAAACUGAUGACGUCAUCUGCAACGAGUGUAAGUUCGGGUUUGUUGAGUCGAUCCCCGCCGUAUCUCCAACUUCUACCGCCGCCAUUCUCUCUCCUCCCUCUGAGCAUAUUGGAAUAUCCGACGAGCCUACCCUCGGAAGCCAGUUCCUUCAAGUUCUCCGCCUCCUUGCUCAGGUAGCGCGUGAAGAUGAUGCUCCUCCACCUCCACCCCCGCCGCCACCACCUAGACCUCUCAACUCCGCCGAUCCUUCGCCGGCGGACGAAUCCGACUUCCUCCGCAUUGAAAUCGACGGCUGGGAUGAAGAUGAAGAAGGAAAUAACCACAAUAUCCACCGCGAAGAUGAGGAUGACGAAGAGGAAGACGAAGACGAUGACGAUGUGAGGAGUGUUGAGAUUGAAGGACAGUCUGAUGAUGAUGAAGAGGAGAGAGAAGAGGAUAUUCGGCGGCGGCGGCGAGAUGUCCUUCGUCUGCGCCUCCGCGACUUCGCUAACCGUGCUCGAAGUGAAGGAAGAAACAGGAUCUUGGAUUGGGCUGAGAUACUCAUGGGAUUAGAGGACAAUUCAAUUGAAUUUCGUUUCGAAUUGCCGGAGACUACAGAUCGGUAUAUCGGAAACCCUGGAGAUUAUGUUGAUGCGGCGGAGUACGAGGCAUUGUUGCAGAAUUUGGCGGAUGCAGAGGGGAGGAGAGGAGCGCCGCCAGCUUCAAAAUUGGCAGUGGAGAGUUUGAAAGUAGUGGAGAUCAAGUCAGUGGAUGAGAGUUAUGUGUGUGCAAUAUGCAAAGAUGGAGUUAAUGUUGGGGAGGCGGUGAAGGAAAUGCCUUGUGGACAUGGCUAUCACGGCGAUUGCAUUGUGCCAUGGCUUGCUGCCAGGAAUUCGUGUCCGGUGUGUCGUUUUGAGUUGCCAACGGAUGAUGCUGAGUAUGAGGAGGAUAAGAAGAAGAGGUUUCCUGGUAGUUCAUCAGGGUCUGCUGGUGGGAAUUCAGUUUGAAAUGAACGGAAGAAGAGAAAAAGAAAGAGCAGUUUAUCCAAAGAUCCAUUUAAUCGAUGAUGUCAAUCAACAACAGCAUAUGAUGAUACUGAGGUGAGCCGCAAACACCAAUUGAAGCCACCUUUCCUUUUUGGGUUUCUUCUAAAUAGGUCCGAAGGUUAUGGCAAGGUAUGCCCCUCUGUUUGAUUGAUAAUGAAUAAAGCAACUGAAGAAUCUCAUUUGGUCAUUAUGUUCUCCUGUAUAAUUGUGUUGUAACAGGCUUGAAGCAUUUCUUUUGUUUCUUCCCUCUUCCCUUCCCCUCCUCCCUCAGUUUGGAGCAUCAGAAUUUUAGUCUUGGAUGGGGUACCAUGUUGAGGUUCUUUUGAGCCCUUGUAUAUUUUUAGAAUCUAAAUCUACUCCGUAUUACUUUGGCAAGUUCAUAAA